AUGAGUACUAUCAUCAGUGGUUCCAUUCCCCUUGGCACUGCUUCUUGUGUGUUGAAAGACGUCGACACAGCGAUAACAGUCUCAAACACCACUCGGUUGCUUCCAACCUUUUUCUUUUUCAUCGUGGUUGGACCUCCGGACACGCAAAACGAAGUUGCCAAUCGCGGCAGAGCCCCUGCUCACUCCACAGAUUUUCCGUCUAAAUCCAAAGGGAGAGACUAUUCUACCUCCAUUUUGUUCAAGCUAAGACAAAAGCCAACGCUAAUUGCCCUGGAACCUCUGCAACCACUGUUUUGUCCUACACCAGGGGACAUGAAACGUGGUCCAAGAUGUGAUUACCUGAACCUCUCCGAUGUACAUUCAUCGGAGAGUAACGAAGUACCACUGCUUGAGACGUAUAGAGCCGGGUUAGAAUACACAUUCGUGCACCGCAGACCACAAUUCCUCGAGAAUGACAAUGAAGAUGGGUAUUGCAACAUAUUUGAUAAGCUGACUACGCAUAACGUAUCAGAAUGUCAUCAAGCCGAUAUUGAAGGAUGCCUUUUUAGUGGAAGAGUUCAAUAUCACGAGGAUGUUGAAGAAGUCGUCAUUCUUGCCAAUCAAGAGCCUCCAUACACUAUCCUAGUUCAUCCAGGGAAUUGA